AUGUUUCUUCUGGAGAAGAACGAUCUCAGCCCACAAGACCUGAACAUAGAGUCAUUGAUACGAGAGCAGACGGAUAAUCCUUCGAUAGACUGCUGUGAAGAUAGUGAACUUGUAACUCCGUUGCGACCAACCCCAAUUUUGAAGAGAACUGCAAUGCCUAUUUAUCGAAAAGCAAUACAAAAAGAUGCAGAGUGCCAAGUUAAUUUUAGUACGAAGGCCUCUGCAAAUGUUUACUGUCAGGCUAAACCAUACUAUCGCAGCGUAAAAGUGGGUACACGACCAAUUCAAAGGAAGGAAAUUGCCACGUCUCCCACGAAGGGUUCACAAAACGAUUUAGACAGUACACUACAAAGUUCAGAAAUGAGUUCAGACGACGUCCAUGGUGAUUCCUCCUACGCCCCCUCGGAAUAUGCUAGCAAUUACAGUGAUGAAAGCUCCAUCGUAGCUUUUAGAAAAACCAACGAUAUGGAAACUUUGCGGAGUCUCCUUAUCGGAUUAAUGAAACAACAUCCAAAAGUUUACGUUGGUUUGACUAAUUCUACAUUGUGCAUUUUGUACCGACUUGAGAAAUUCUGCAAAAAACCCAAAGUUAAUUUGAUGAUUGUUCUAUACAGGGUUGAUGUCCAAUCUAUUAUCGACUGCUUCGAAGUACAGAUAGAGCGACCUGGAGAUGCAGUUGCACAGGCCCGCUUCUGGUCUGAGUACAAAAAAAGGUCAUACUGUCAAGUUCCUUAUUUCCUGUACACCGGAUGGUUUAAUUAA